AUGGCGUCGCGCCACUCCAGCGCGCCACCCGCCCCCGCCUCCGAGUCGCCCAGCAGCGCGCACGGCACGCUGCGGCCAUUUUCGCUCACGCCGUGGACGAGCAGGAGCUCGCUAAGCACAGGCGCGCGGAAUGCCUCAGGCGGACCGAACAGCGUGUGGCGUCGUACACGUCAGGCCGAUGAAGUGCACCUGGUUCAGCAGGAGGCCGGUGAUCUACAGGCAGCAGGCAGCGCCGCGGGGAGGGACGUGUCAGUGCACAAGGACGUUGAGGCCGGAGUCACUGCUCCAGACGACGGGCGUGUCGGCGCUGCUGCAGGGCGCCGGGCGCGGGGGAGGAGGAAGCCCAUGAACAUGCAUGGCAGGCCAUGGUUCACCAGGGGGACGAGCGCGCCGACUGCGGAAGCCUCAGCGCGGGCGAUCGUGCAGGCGCAGGGGAGUGCGAGGACGGACUUGGUUGGCAAGACCGAAGACGCCAAGGUCGAAGAUGCCGACGCGGGUGUCGGGACGGGCGGUGUGGUGGUGCAUGGCGAGCACGAAGGCAAACAAUGUUACGUCGUGCUCGCACGUCUGGGGAAGCUUGCGCCACCUGCAACCCCGUCAUCGUUAGACGUGAAUGAUGAUGGUGCAAGUUCAUACAGCGGCGAGCAGUACGCCCGGCCGGUAAGCAGGUAUAUCGUUAUAUGGCUGGUGGGCAAAACGCAUGUGGACGAGCUCCAAUCUACACCUCAUAUGCAAGCACCUGUACAAGACACUGGGCUCACCAAAGAGGUUGAAAGGCCACGGCGGAGGGCAGCAGCGGGGAAGAGCAUGGCAUGCGGCUUUGGAGUCUGGGCUGCUCGCCGAGUUGGUACUCCUGGGAAGAUUUAUUGA